GCCAGACGCGGAGGAAAGGAGCUGUGACUAGCCGCCCAGAGGCCGCCAAGCCAGCGACGCCUGAGCUAGUCGAGCCGCGUCGCCGCGCCCCCAUGGCGGCCGCCAACGACAGUCACGAGGACCACCAUACUUCCACAGAGAAUGCAGAGGAGUCCAACCACGACCCCCAGUUUGAGACAAUAGUUUCUCUUCCUGAGCAAGAAAUUAAAACACUGGAGGAAGACGAAGAGGAACUUUUUAAGAUGCGUGCAAAGCUGUUCCGGUUUGCUUCAGAGGAUGACUUCCCAGAAUGGAAGGAGCGAGGCACUGGAGACGUCAAGUUUCUGAAGCAUAAGGAGAAAGGGACCAUCCGCCUUCUCAUGAGGAGGGACAAAACCUUGAAGAUAUGCACCAAUCACUAUAUCACACCAAUGAUGGAGCUGAAGCCAAAUGCUGGCAGUGACCGUGCCUGGGUCUGGAAUACCCACACCGACUUUGCUGACGAGUGCCCCAAGCCUGAGCUGCUCGCCAUCCGCUUCCUAAAUGCUGAGAACGCACAAAAGUUCAAAACAAAGUUUGAAGAAUGCAGGAAAGAAAUUGAAGAGAGAGAAAAGAAAGGACCAGGCAAAAAUGAUAAUGCUGAAAAGGUGGCUGAGAAGCUGGAAGCCCUUUCAGUGAAGGAGGCCAGAGACGAGGCUGAAGAAAAGUCUGAGGAGAAGCAAUGAAUCAUUCUGUCUUUUUCCUUUCCUUUUCUUUUUAAAAAUUUGCCCCACCCUUUAAGGUUUGUUUUUAUUCUGUUUUGCUUUUACAAGGGACUUUAUAAAGAACUGAAUU